GAUUAUCUCCAUGAAAUCCGCCAUGUUCGAUUAAUGGCCCAUCUCUCUUUUUAUAUAGGAAUAGGAAACCUUCAAAACAUUAGAGCUGUCAUUUGUUUUAACCCGUCAAUCCUUUUUCGAGAAGGACUUUUUCCAGUCAUUGUCCUUAUCGAUGCCUCAAAAUGGCCUUGAGUGAGAACACGGAGGAACUUCUACGGGUUGUCUGUGAUAUUGGGGAGAUAAAGUCAAUGAGAGUUGCUCUGCAAAGCAGUGUCAAGGCUGGGGUCAUUGUUGGUGCUACCACAACAGUCUGUGGAUUAUUAUUGGGUCCAUGGGGAGUAGCUCUAGGUGGAACAUUGGCUGGUGCCACGACUGCUUACGCGAUGAAUGGAAAAUUUAGAUCAGUUCCAGAUGUCCUUAUCAAUGAGCUAAACAAAGCUCAACAGCUUCGACUCGCACUGGCUGUGAAGAACAUUCUGACCCAGCAGAAUAUCCUAACAAUCGCUGACUUUGCUCUGAAAGUUGCGACUUAUGACAGUGUCAUUGGUCUCCUCAUUCCUAUUGUUAAAUCAUUUCUGGAGACAGACAUGAGAGCAACAAUUCUGUAAUUGUCAAGAAUCAGAGUAAAAAUGUCAUAUCUAUUUUACAUUGAACUGUGGAAUAACCUAUAGCUUUUGAAAAGAUGAGAUAGUUUAUAAUAAUAGUUUUUACUAAUUCAUAAGUGUAAAGGAGAUUAAUGUAAAUAAAUAAAAGUCUUAUUAAUUUAA